UAGUCGACGUUAAUUGCUGUGUAAGUAAAAAUUGUUAAAAACUAAAAAUGUAUUACAUUCACUUUCAAAGGUAAAUGUGAUGAAAUGCUAGGCAACAAAUAAUUCAAUUUCUCAUUAAAUGAUAUAUCAUUCACGAAUGAAAUAUAGGAGAAAGGUUUACAAGGAAAACGGAGAUUUUAGUAUAGUUUAUGAUGAUAAAAAUGUGUUGGAUUUAAUCUUUUAACAAGAAAACAGGAAUUAGUUGAAAUGACGGAACACGAACCGAAGACAAAUAUUGAUGUUAAUGGGGAAUCGUUAUAUAAAGAAAAAGAAUUCAAGCAAAAUUCAGUUGAUAAAGAUACCGGGAUUGGAGAAAAGCAGUCUGAAAGAGCGAUUGAAGACGAUCACGGUGGUGCUCCAAUAGACAGGGGAUGGGCAUGGGUGGUUCUAGCAGCAUGUGUGUUUGAGAUCAUUGUAUAUGGCGGGCUCCUGAGAUCAUUUGGUGUGUUUUUUCUUCAGUAUCAGAAGAGAUUCAAUUCCAAUGCUUCCGAGACAGCUUUCAUGAGUCUUAUACAAAAUGUUGUGCUCAGCAUUACAGUUCUCUUUGUUAUGACGAUUGGACUUAAACACUUCAGCAGUCGUGUUGCUGUGUUCACAGGUGGUGUUUUCACAGUUGCUGCAUACCUCAUUACUGCUUUCGCAACCGACAUAAGAGUGUUUUAUUUCGCACAAGGUGUGCUUGGAGGUGUUGGAUUGGCAAUGAUACACCCACCAAUGCUUGCAAUUAUCGGCGUAUAUUUUCAUAAACAUCGAGGCCUUGCAAAUAGUGUCUUCAAUGGAGGGGGCUCCGUCGGCGGCCUCAUCUUCGCUCCUCUUAUCAUUAAGUUAUUUGAUGAGUAUCAGUUUACAGGAGCAAUGUUGAUAUUUGCUGGAUUGCUCAUGAACAUUUGUGUUUCUGCAUUGCUUAUGAGACCGAUAGAAAGUUACUCUAAAGAGAGGCUGAAAUACAGAAAGGACGACACUGAAAUCACGGAAAAUGACAAGCUUCUAUCGAAAAACGAGAUUGACAAAAAUAACAUUGAUUCUACAAAAUUAACUUUUGAUGAAAUUAAAUUGGAAUCAGAUUCUUCCCUUUCAGACAGUAUUGCACAUGAAAAUCUUAGAAAAUAUCCUGCUGGUAAAGGAACUAAUUUUACUCGCAUGCAGUCAUAUGAUCCUGUUAUAGUUAACGGAAGACCUAAAGAAUCACCUUUGCUUCAGCGCGUGCGGGCCCAUUCGUUUGGAAUCCGACAAAGAACGAUAUCUGAAGAUAAGCAGAGAUACGACAGUGAUAGCAAUAUACAUCAUAGCAAAAAUGUUCUGAAAGGAGUAAUUGAUGCUAUAUCCAGAUCUCAGUUAGCUUUAUAUGCAAGUGGAGAAGGAUUUUGUGGUUCAGUUGUCGAUUUAAGUAUUCCUUCUUCUCGAGAGCGUUCUAGAGACAAUGAUGCGUCGAGUGGAAAUAAAAUCAACGAUAGUAAUGAAGUUGGAUGCUUUUCAAACAUGAAAGCGUGUAUCUUAUCCGUGCUGUGCACAGUGUUUGACUUAGGUUUACUGCGCAAUCCAGUUUUCAUUGCUUAUCUUUUAAUGGCCUUUUCUAUCAUGUCUGGAGUAGCGCUUGUUCCAGUCUACAUACCACCUCAUGCAAAAGAUAUUGGAAUUAGUAAUGAAAAGAUUGGACUUAUGCUUUCUUUAAUGGCUGUUAUUGAUUUAGUGUCGAAAGUCACGAUGGGUGUGUUCGCAGACAGAAAGUGGAUCAAAACGUCGACAAUACUGGUCAUUGUAACGUUCGUUUUAGGAACCGCAUCACACCUACUGUGUUUCGUAGACUCAUUUCCAGCAAUGAUUAUAUUUGUUGUUGUAGCAGGUAUAUGUUGUGGGCAAUAUAUGUCCCUGUAUGCGGUGUUGCUAAUGGAGGUGAUAGGACCUGAGAAGUUCAAGAGCUCCAUAGGGUUUGGUACACUUGUACAUGGAGCGUCUAUUGCCAUCUUCUUCCCGGUCGCAGGUCUCCUCCGUGACGUUACGGGAUCAUAUGUGGCUUCGUUUCAUCUCCUUGGAGGCCUUGCAUACCUUGCUGGAAUACUUGCUUUUAUAAUUCCAAUUGUGAACAGAUGGAAAAAGAGAAAAGAAGCAGACAAAUUUAAAGAUCAGUCGCAUAAAAAAGUGCUCAGACUAUCUUCAACUCCAGUGAAAGCAGACAACACACAGGCGUCUUCAGUAAUCGACAAUAUCGAUGAUGAAGAAGCAGAUCUGAGUGGAUAUUUUGGAGACAAGCACAUGUUUGAGGCAUAUGUUGGUACACAGACAAAUGACUGUUUGAAAAUGACGGAACUAAAGGCGACCGCAAAGGCUGAAAUUAAUGGAGAAACUUUUAACACGGUAAAAGAAGUCGACCAGGCGUCAGCUGAUGGAGAUUCUGGGAUCGAAGAAGAGGAGAUAGACGGAGCAUUCAAAGACGCCCAAAAUGGAGCACCAGUGGACAGAGGAUGGGCAUGGGUGGUUCUUGCAGCAUGUGUGUUAGAGAUUAUAGUAUAUGGUGGUAUGAUAAGAUCGUUUGGUGUGUUCUUCCUUCAAUAUCAGAUGAGAUUCAAAUCAAAUGCGUCAGAGACAGCAGUGAUGAGUCUUAUACAAAAUGUCGUGCUCAGCAUUACAGCUCUCUUUGUUAUGACCAUUGGUCUAAAGAAGUUUAGCAGUCGAGUUUCUGUGUUCACUGGUGGUACCUUCACGGUUGCAGCCUACCUUAUAACUGCCUUUGCUACUGAUAUUAGAGUGUUUUAUUUCGCUCAAGGCGUACUUGGAGGUGUCGGACUGGCAAUGAUUGUUCCACCAAUGCUUGCAAUAAUCGGCGUUUACUUUAAUAAACAUAGAGGUCUUGCAAACAGUAUCUUCACUGCAGGAGGCUCCGUAGGCGGACUCAUCUUUGCUCCUGUCACUGUUAAAUUAUUUGAUGAAUUCCAGUACACAGGAGCGAUAUUAAUUAUAUCUGGUUUACUUAUGAAUAUUUGGGUUUCUGCUUUACUAAUGAGACCAAUAGAAAGUUAUUCAAAGAAGAAAACGCAUUUAAAAGACAAAGACACUAACAUUACUGAAGAUGGCAAGCUAUUAUUGAAAGAAAAUACUGAAAAACAUUACAUUGGUUCUACAAAGUUAACGUUCGAUGAAAUUAAGCUUGAAUCGGAUGUCUUCCAUUCAGACGUCAAGUCACAAUCGGACCUUUUAAAUCAUUCUCAUGUGAAAACAACCAACUUUACCCGCAUGCAAUCAUAUGAUCCGGGUAUGGUUAACCAAAUAUCUCAAGGGUCACCUUUGCUCUUUCGCGUGCGGGCUCACUCGUUUGGCAAUUUGAAGAGAACUAUCUCUGAUGAUAAACACAGAUAUGAGAAAUAUGACAGUCAAAGCAAUAUAAAUCAUAUCAAAAAUGUUCUGAAAGGAGUAAUUGAUGCUAUAUCUAGGUCACAAGUAGCAUUAUACACAAACAGUGGAGGAAUAUGUGGCUCAUUUAUUGAUUUAAAUAUUCCACCAACGGAAGAGAGUUCAAAGGAUUAUGUUGUGAUAAGUGACAAAGAUACAAUUGAUACCAAAGUUAAUGAGGUAGAAUGUUGUUCGAAUAUAAAAUCGUGCAUUUUUUCAGUGUUAUGCACAGUUUUUGAUUUAGGAUUACUGCGAAAUCCCGUUUUUAUUACAUACCUAUUAAUGGCCUUUUUCAUGAUGUCUGGUUUAUUGCUGGUACCAGUCUACAUACCAACACAUGCAAAAGAUAUAGGAAUCAGUAAUGAAAAGAUUGGACUUUUAAUUUCCUUAAUGGCUGUCAUUGAUUUGGUAUCAAAGGUUACAAUGGGUGUAGUAGCAGACAGACAGUGGAUCAAAAGGUCGACAAUAUUAGUCAUCGCAACAUUCGUUCUUGGAACCGCUUCACACCUGAUGCGUUUUGUAAAUUCAUUUCCAACGAUGAUAAUAUUUACGGUAAUAGCGGGUGCAUGUUGUGGACAAUAUAUGUCCGUGUAUGCGGUACUGCUGAUGGAGGUAAUAGGACCAGAGAAGUUUAAGAGCUCCCUAGGCUUUGGUACUCUUGUACAUGGGACAUCAAUAGCAGUCUUCUUCCCAGUUGCAGGUCUCCUGCGUGACGUCACUGGUUCAUAUGUUGCUACUUUUCAUCUUCUUGGCGGACUUGCAUAUCUGGCUGGUGUUCUCGCCUUCAUUAUUCCAAUUGUGAAUAAAAUGAAAUGGGGAAAAGAAGCAGAGGAAAUUAAAGAUCCAGCAAAUGAAGCGUGAUGAAC